CAAUCGUUUGCUGUGAAUGUGAAACACAUUUCAGGAUUUGCUUUCAAUUUGAUAUCAUAUUUAAGUUAAUUAUUAACACAUUUGUGAUCACAUUAUACAUAAAAUGAGUGAAACUAUUGACAAACAAUUGAGUGAUGGUCUCAAACUAAAGGAGAUUUAUAUCCACGAGAAGACCGGCGAUGACGGGUCCGGUGAUGGCAGUGAAGCCAAACCGCUGAAGACAUUGCUGGAAGCGAUGAGACGAGCGGGCGAUGAGCCGUUCCCCACGUUUUACAGCGAUUCCAAAGAAGAAGAUAAUAAAUGGGUUGUCGUGUCUGCCUCUCAGAUGAAGAAAAUCAAAAAGAUUUGGAUCCGAGAGAAGCAUAAGACUGAUGGCAAACAACACAAAGAGGCCGAAGACGAGGAGCGACGGCUCAAGAACUUAGAGGAAUCGAAGAAUAUUGUCAUCAAAGAGGACCCAUCGCUGCCCAAAGCAGUUGAGGUGAAGAUCAGAGACACUGUUCCGCAUCGCAACCAAAGAGUGACAGUCAAGGGUUGGGUGCAUCGGCUCCGACGUCAGGGAAAGGCUCUCAUGUUUAUUACGCUGAGAGACGGCACCGGAUUCUUGCAGUCCGUUCUCACCAAUCAAUUGUGUCAGACAUACAACGCUCUCGUCCUUCAGACCGAAUCCACAGUUCAGUUGUACGGUAUUCUGAAGGAGACUCCGGCGGGAAAGACAGCACCGGGAGGUCAUGAAUUGCAAUGCGAUUACUGGGAACUCGUUGGCGACUCACCGGCCGGUGGUAUCGACAACGUGUUGAAUGAGGAGUCCUUUAUUGACAUCCAAUUAGAUCAAAGACAUCUUAUGCUGAGGGGAGAGGUUUUGUCCAAAAUAAUGGCCUUCCGAUCGUUAGUUUUGCAGUCAUUUCGCGGACAUUACAUAUCCAGAGGUUAUGUGGAAGUGACUCCUCCGACAUUAGUGCAGUCGCAAGUGGAGGGCGGAUCCACUCUAUUCAAGUUUGACUACUUCGGUGAAGAGGCUUACUUGACUCAAUCGUCUCAACUCUAUUUGGAGACAUUAUUGCCGUCUUUGGGAGACGUCUUCUGCAUCGCUCAGUCAUAUCGGGCAGAGAAGGCGCGCACUCGAAGGCAUUUGUCUGAAUACACUCACGUGGAGGCCGAAUGUCCUUUCAUUAAGUUUGAAGACUUGUUGGACAGAGUGGAAGACCUGUUGGUCGAUGUGGUCGACCGGUUGAUGGCUCACCCGUUGGGCAGAGAGACUAUCAAUCAUUUCAACCCUGACUUCAAAGCGCCUAAAAAGCCGUUCAAACGCAUGGAUUAUAAGGACGCUAUUGUUUAUCUCAAAGAGAAUAACAUCACUAAAGAGGACCAGACUUUCUAUGAAUUCGGUGAAGACAUUCCAGAAAUGCCCGAAAGGAAAAUGACGGACAAAAUAAACGAGCCAAUAAUGUUGUGUCGAUUCCCGGCAGAAAUUAAGUCCUUUUAUAUGCCCCGAUGUGCUGAUGAUAAGAGACUCACAGAAUCUGUUGAUGUAUUGCUUCCGGGAGUGGGAGAGAUAAUCGGCGGUUCGAUGAGGAUUUGGAAACACCAAGAGUUGAUGGAAGGCUUUAAACGCGAAGGCAUUGAUCCUAAGGACUAUUACUGGUACACCGAUCAGCGAUUAUUUGGCACCUGUCCUCACGGCGGCUAUGGUUUAGGUCUCGAGAGAUUCAUUACUUAUAUCCUCAACCGAUACCACAUUCGCGACGCAUGUCUUUACCCCCGAUUUGUCUCCCGCUACCCUUGCGCUCACGUAUCGUUUCCGUAUUCACACGCUUACGGACGCAGUGCUAAACAGCUUCAGUACCUCAGGAUUGGAGAUCUUCUGACACAAAGAGCCCAAACAGAGAGUAACAGAAUAGCGUUUGUCAGCGAAUACGAGAAUAUAAGCAAAACUUAUUCGCAAUUUGAAGAAGACGUCAACAAAUUGUCGAAAGGACUCUUAGAUUUAGGUCUUAAGAGGGGAGAUGUGGUGGGCGUCUGGAGUUGCAAUUCAUAUCCCUGGAAAGAAAGCGAUAAAUUGAUACUAAAAGAUGUGAUUCUAAUGGAUGGCAACUAUUCUUCGGGAGACACAACACAUGGAUAUAAUUUUCUUCCCUUUAAUAGUUUGCUUUCAAACGACGGAAAACUAGACCAAUCAGUUAUCGAUGACGUCUCUCCAGAUGAUCCGGCUAUCAUCAUGUUUACCUCGGGAACCACAGGCAAACCUAAAGGGGCUUAUUUAUCACACUUUACAUUAGUCAACAAUGCAUUGCUUACCAAGGAGAGUUUCGAUUUCGGUGAACCCAUUUCGAUGUUAAUUCCCCUCCCAUUCUUCCACUCGUUUGCCGCAGUCUUAGGCAAUAUAUCGAUGACUGCCGUUCCCUUUACAUCAGUGAUCGCAAAUCUGAAAUAUGACGUGAAGUUGAUUGUGGAGGCAAUGAUCAAACACUCGUGUACUCACAUCAUAGUGACGCCAACGAUGGUCAUCGAUAUGUUGAACUAUUUGGAGAAAAAUCAGUUACAAAUGCCGUCAUUGAGGGGUACACUGAUUGGCGGCGCACCCGUUCCCGUCGAAGUGGCCCAUCAUAUCAAUCGAGUCAUUCCCACGUGCGAUGACGUCCGCAUUGGUUACGGCGCCACUGAACUCGGUCCCUGUACUACAGCCUGUCAUAAAAAGGAUACAUUAACACAGCGAAUGGAAACCGUGGGCAUGUGGGAACUAUUAUCGCGCGGACAUAAUGUUAUGAUCGGUUACUGGAGGGACGAGAUUAAGACCAAAGAAGCGAUUGAUGACGCGAAGUGGUAUAAAUCGGGGGAUCUCGCGGUUAUGGAUGACCAGGGAUUUGUCAAAAUAAUUGGUCGAACAAAAGAGAUGAUAAUAAGAGGCGGAGAAAACAUAUAUCCGCGAGAAGUGGAGGAAUUGCUUCACACGAUUCCCGAUGUGUUUGACGCUUAUGUUGUAGGCGUUCCCGAUGAAAGGGUGGGCGAAGAAGUGUGUGCAUGGAUUCAGCUUAAAAACAAAGACUCAAAGCUUACUGAAGACGAUGUCAGAAAAUUUUGCAAAGAAAAGAUCUCAUACUUCAAAGUUCCCCGUUAUGUCAUGUUUGUCGACGGAUUCCCAAUGACUCCCACCGGAAAGGCUAAGAAGUUUAUUAUGAGGGAAGUGUCGUGUGAAAAGUUAGGCCUUAAAGAAAUCAUUAAGCGAUAAAUCACUAAAAUAUUAUUUUUAUU